CCCUAAAACGGUGCGUGCCAGAUGAAGCACGUGACCAGUACGUGGAGGAAAAGGGGACGAGAGCAGGAAAAAGCUGGCGAACUGAAAGGCUCCGGACUGCAGAGGUUUAGACCACAGCGGAGUUGAGAGACAGAGAGACAGAGCGAGAGAGGAAAAUAUGCUGUUUUUGGGUGAAGUCCAAUUGCCCAAGGGUCGUGGGUAAGAGGCUGAAGAACAACUGGAUAUGAGAUAGAGAUAGACUGGUUUCAUCUCCCCAGCCUGGGAACCCCGGGGCCACUGCCCCCCCCCCCCUCCCCUGCACGCGGAGAGGCUAGCCAUGAAGCUGAACGAGGUGAGCCUAGCUCACUACGCCACCAGCGAGUCGCCGCCGGACAAGACGGGCUUCCUGUUCAAGAAGGGCGAGCGUAACACGGCGUAUCACCGCCGCUGGUUCAUCCUGAAGGGGAACCUGCUGUUCUACUUCGAGGAGAGGGAGAGCCGUCAGCCAAUCGGCGUCAUCGUCCUGGAGGGCUGCACCGUGGAGCUCUGCGAAUCGGCCGAGGAGUUCGCCUUCGCCGUCAAGUUCGACUGCGCCAAAGCCCGCGCCUACAAGAUGUCCGCCGACAGCCAGGCGGCUAUGGAGUCGUGGGUGAAGGCGUUGUCGCGCGCCAGCUUCGACUAUAUGAGGCUGGUGGUGGGGGAGCUGGAGAGGCAGCUGGAAGAGAUCCAGGAAGGGCCGGGGAGCGGGGGGGCGCAGGGGAGGUGCAAGCCCUCCUCCAGGAAGACGCCGGGAUGGGCGGGGCGGUCCAAGUCGGGAGCUCCUGCCUCGUCCUCCGGCCUGGGGGACAUCCCCGUGGGCCCCCAGGGAGCAGGCGGCUCUCGCGGCCAGUCGGAAGAGAUGCAUUCUGGGUCCGGCUUCCCCAGAGAGAACGGGGUGUCCUGGAGCAAGCUCCCUGCUCUGGCCAACGGAGCGGAGAGCCACUCUGCCAGCGUGCCGUGGGAGGGGGGCGGAGGUGGGGGGGACGGGGGCUGGGGGGAGGGGGUCAGGCCCCCCCCGGUGCCCCCCAGGAGACGGGGUGCCUCUCUGGAGAGCCCGGUGUCUCCUGGUACUGGGUGCUUCUCCAAGCUGCACGACUGGUACGGACAGGAAGUGGAUGAACUGAGGGUGGAGUGGCUGCAGGGCCAGUGAGAAGACACACACACAUGCACACACACAUAUAUACACACACAUACAUUCUUCCUUUUGUGCUUAAUGUGCGCAGCUGUUUAAAAUAAUGCAAAAUGCUAUUUUAUGAUCACAUUCAUUUGUUUCACCUCACUUCCAUGAGGGUGAAACGUUUCAGAGAGAAAUGUUACAAACGAACGUGGGUUCGCCGUGCGUGACAGUGUUUGUGUCUCUUCCAAUAAACACAGACCUCUUCCUUCUGGAACAUUCUGCACUAUUCCAGCCUUACUGAACGUAGCCCAACUCACUGUUCUUCCAGAGGUGAGGGGGAAACUCAUUGACAAGAAGUACUUUCCUGGUUGUUAAAGCCUCCUUUGGCUGAUGGUACAGUGAUUUCGUUUGUUUUAAGGAUCAAAACUCAUUUCUUUCUAUGUGUCUGUUUGUUUUUUGAUCACCUAAGAGACAACUACAAAAUGUCAGCAGCUCAGAUCGCUGUUUUAUAUUGUUACAAGGUUAUGUUUUUGUUUCUGAGUGUCUGUCUGUGAGGAGUGUACACGCUAAUCUCCUUUAAACUUUUUCCGAGGAGGGACCCUUGGAAACAACUCGUUAUUCCUUUUCUACCUUUUUUUGAUAACUUGCUUUUAUUCUAUUUUUUUAUACCUUUUAUAUUUUCAAUCUGUGCCUUGUUUAUUUUUUGUUGUUGCCAAAAUCUCACCUUGGUGCAAUUUCCUUACUUUGUGACAAUGGUGGGACCCAAUUGGCCAGCUUCAAUGCACCUUGCGCAGUGCUGCAAUUAUUAUUUUUCAUUUUGUGCUUUUUGUUGAUGAAAAGGUAACUGAUCAUUGACUAAAGGUUUUCUGAUCGUGGGAGAGAAAGAUGCAGGAUUGUUAUGGUACCGAUCUGAUUCAAUCAACUGAACAUGUGACACUGUUUAAAGGAUGCGUUCACCUUGUGAUAAUCACACUGUUGUACUAAGAAGAUAUGAGACGUAUUUGAAUAGAAAUGCAUUCUUCCUUGCUUGCUUCUUUUGAAGUGUAAUUACGGAUUGAAUCGAUUUGGUGAUCGGAUCAAUUCUCCUUAUGUUACUGUGUCACCAAUUCAAACCAGAUCAGAGAAAGAGCUUGUGGAUACCGAUGGAUGGAUGAGACGAAGGAGUUAUAUACACGUUUUCUAAUGCUUCUUACCUUGUGUAAUGUGUAAUGUUUAAAUCUCUGUCGAUAUAACCUUUUGUAUUUAGAAUCAAUCAUAUGCGCCAACUUCACAUUUUAAUUGUGUAUAUUAGUGCCAAAUAAGGGAAAUGAUCUCUUAAGUCAUUGUUAUUUAUCUUUGGUCUUCAUGGUCGAAAUUCCUGACUAUUACAACAAUGUCUGUUUGUUCUACAAUCAAGUAGAUCCCGAGUGUACCUUUAUAUCAUAUACCGAAUAAACUGCUUCGAUUUAAGUGGUCAUCACUAAAGGGGUACUUAAAAAAAGACAAUAGUAUGAAAAAUCAAUAAACGGAUAAUGUUA